AUGCUCCACCUGAGCGACUUCUCCGGCCCCGACGCGCUCCUCUCCAAGCCCACCGAAGGCAGCGCCCACGCCAGCCCCGAGCUGCCUGCUAGGGACGCUCUCUCGGCCACCUCGUAUCCUGGAGGCGACUUCUUGAGCUGGGCUCUAAGCAGCUGCGGCGCCGGGGGGGACUUAACAGACUCCUGCUUCCUGGAGGGCCCCGCACCCACGCCCACUUCGGGCCUCAGCUACAGCGGCAGCUUCUUCAUCCAGGCGGUUCCCGAACACCCGCACGACCCGGAGGCCCUCUUCAACCUCAUGUCUGGCAUCUUGGGCCUGGCACCCUUCCCCAGCCCCGAGGCGGCAGCGUCUCGGUCCCCGCUGGAUGUCCCUUUCCCCGCGGGUCCCGAUGCCUUGCUGCCGGACCUUUACUCCCCAGACCUGAGUUCGGCCGCCUUCCCGGAGGCGCUUUGGGAGGCUGCGCCUUCGGCGGGCGCUCCCUCGCAGUGCCUGUUCGAGCCCCAGCUCUCCCCGCCCGACGUCAAGCCCGGGCUGCGGGCGCCUCCCGCUUCGCCAGCGCUGGACGCUGCUGCUUCGGCCUUCAAAGGGCCCUACGCCCCCUGGGAGCUGCUGGCGGCCGGGGCCCCGGGGAACUGUGGCUCGCAGGCUAGCUUCCAGACCACCCCGGAGGCCCGCUUCUCCGCCGUAGGGACCAAGGUCGAGGACCUGCUGUCCAUCAGCUGCCCCGCCGAGCUGCCCGGCCCGGCUACCAGACUCUACCCGGCAGGGGCCUACGACGCCUUCUCGCUGGCCCCAGGUGACUUAGGGGAGGGGACCGAGGGCCUCCCGGCGCUGCUGACCCCUCCGGGCGGGGAGGGAGGGAGCGGCGGCGAAGGCGGGGAGUUCCUGGCCGCCCCUCCUGCGCAGCUGUCGCCCCUGGGCCUGCGCGGCGCCGCCACGGCGGACUUCUCCAAACCCCUGGUGGCCGACCUCCCGGGGGGCAGCGGCGCGAGCGCGCCAGCCUCGGCGGCCGCCGCCUCCUUCCCCGCGGCCAAAUCCCGGCGCAAGGGACGCCGGGGCGGCAAGUGCAGCGCGCGCUGCUUCUGCCCGCGGCCGCACGUCAAGGCCUUCGCCUGCCCCGUGGAGAGCUGCGUGCGGAGCUUCGCGCGCUCCGACGAGCUCAACCGCCACCUGCGCAUCCACACGGGCCACAAGCCCUUCCAGUGCCGCAUCUGCCUGCGCAACUUCAGCCGCAGCGACCACCUCACCACGCACGUGCGCACCCACACGGGCGAGAAGCCCUUCGCCUGCGACGUGUGCGGCCGCCGCUUCGCGCGCAGCGACGAGAAGAAACGGCAUAGCAAGGUGCACCUGAAGCAGAAGGCGCGCGCCGAGGAGCGCCUCAAGGGCCUGGGCUUCUACUCCCUGGGCCUCUCGUUCGCCGCGCUGUAG